AUUGACUAUAGACGUCGCCGUCUACAGCUCAGACGGACGACCUGUUAAGCGCUGGGCACACAGUGCUUUAAGUUGUGGUGGCGAACUGUGGCAAGACACGCUUAAGAAACGCGCGCUUAUUAAAACUGUAGAACUCGUGCGGUGCGGACGUAUUUUUUGACUUUCCGCGUUCACAUUAACUACACAGAAAGUGAAAUAAGUUACACCACAGUACAAAUGUACGCUACUUAAUUUAGUAAAUCGUGCUGCUAUGGCUAUUUAAUGCCUUCUUAUACUAUCGAAAUAUAAAUGUUGCUUCAAUCGUUUUAAUUACAUCUCUUGAAAGAAAGUGAAGUUAACCGUUAAAGUGAUUUCAAGUGCCAAACAACCAAGAAACAAAAUUUAAGAAAGCAUAUACAAUUGCCGUAUAAUCCAAAGCGGGCAUGAUGCGGUCACCAAACAGGCGUAUGCCUCAUCAGGGUCUGAACAGACUUUGGAUAGCCACUACCAUUUGUGCCAUUACCGUCUUGAGCGGGUCAUUUGUGCACCCCGCUUUUGGAGCACCAGCCAAACUUGAUGGUAUUGGGCCACCACCAGAAUCACCAUUCCCUUUAGAAGCACAACCGACACAAUUUUCCGAUGCGAUAGCUGCGGCUCUUAAUAAUGAAAAUAGUGCCAGAGACGUUAAAGGCUUCAGCAAAAAUCAACCAUCGGCGGUCGAUAGUUAUGGUAAUCCGAUUGAGGCGCUUAAACCCAUCGAUACACCUGAUGGGCGGAAGGUAAUCAGUGCGCAAGGUUUACAAUUUGAAAUACCCAACUAUGCUUCGGGCAUAACUGAGAUAAAGAAGCCGGCCGAUGACUUACUGCCACCAUUCAUUGAUCCCAUUGCCGUUGCUGUGUCGACUGAUGGAGAAACCGGUACCAGUUCAGUUCCAGGACAUUUGGCUACAGCAAUCGCGUCAACCACGGUGGAUGUGGAAAAUGCUCAGCUAGUCGAAUUGAAUCCAAAAAGCACGAAUGUGCUUACUACAAGCCAAACAGAUAAAAAAUUACCAAAACAUAGUCUUAACUCGUUGCCAUCAUAUAUACUUGAGUUAAACGACCCGGAUAUUGGAGGACCUGUGGAAUACAUGCCAGCUGAGGAUGGAUCAUCCUUGAAAGUUAUCGCAUGGGAUUUAUUACCACCACUAGAACAAGAACCUACCAUAAUUACUGCGGAAAAUCAUUUACCAAAAUUUGUAUCUGGUACACAUAACAAUAAAGUAUCUUUAACUGCGGGACAGAGCUUCAGUGCACAAGCAUCUGAAAUUGGUGUUUCCAAUAAAGGAAGUGUUUCCGUGGCAUCCCUUACUAGUACUCAAGAAAAUAGGAUUCAUUCUACGAGCUCAACUACAACUACUCCCAAAUCGACUACCGCGCGUACGACGAGGCCCACAACCACAACUACGACGACAACGACGAGAGCUACUACGACAACCCGCCGUCCAACCACCACAACAACACGUCGUACGACAACUACUAGACGUAAUCCAACAACUACAACAACAACCACAGCAACACCACUUAAUCCAAACGACUUUUUCCAAUUAGAAAAUGGUGACUCAUAUACUCUACCAUCCUGGUUAGCUGAUAUUGAUGAUCCCGAAUUGGAUGCAGCAGUUAGUUUUAUUCCACCAGAAAAUAUACACGAAUAUAAUGAUACUAUUUCGCGGGAUAUUCUUCCUCCACUUGAACCAUAUACCGAUCUUAAUGACAUUGAGUUGCCUGAGGAGCUUCGUACAACUUCCACCACUACCAGUCGGCCCCGUACCACAUCUACGACUUCUAAGCCUCGUCAAGCAUUUACUACCACCGCUAAAAGUGUAACUGUAUCCACACCUCGACCACAUUGGGUACGCGCUUAUCCUACAACUGCCAAACCAACCACUACUACAACCACUCAAAGACCCAACUCUUUUGAUGAUCGUUUUUCUUCCAAUCAUAUUGCACAAACGCAUGAUUCGACAUUUGCCUCAUCUUCUACCUUUCCCAAUUCGAAAGUGCACACGUCAUUCCUUAGUAACAGCGUCAUCAGUACCACGACUAGCACGACGACACCAAAACCUCGACUAACGACAUCGGCGGCACCAUCACACCAUAUCAAUAGAUAUCAACAAGACAACAAUAGAUUUAAUGAAAAUUCUUCCACUAUCGCAGAUCAUACAGCAAGUACUGAAGUGAAAACCAUUCAAGAAGUGACAACAUCAAAAUUCUCUAAUUCAAAUCCCUUCUUGCCAGCACACAAUAGUGCCACACGUCCGUUUUCGUCUCAGAAUGCAAAUAAAUUUACUACCGUCACUACAACGACUACUACAACUACAACUCCGGCAACUCCAAUAGAAGAAAAUCCGUUCGAUUCCGUCACUUUACCAUCGUGGUUAGCUGAUUUCGAUUAUCCCGACUUGGCUCCAGGUGUGCCGUUCAUAUACAAUGCUGAGGAAUCGAAUUCGGAUGUCUCCAAUGAUUUGCUGCCACCUUCGCAACUGUCUGCUGAAACAACAAAACCAAUUUUCAUAACAUCCUCUCCCACAUCCUUUAACUCCUUUCAAAUUGCACCAAGUUCAACUAAUCGGCACGAUUCCACUUUCGCUUCCGCCUCCACCUCUACUACACGUACUUUCGCUUUUAAUAAUUCCCCAUCAAAAGUCAUCACAACUGCCAAACCAUUCAGCAUCCAAAAUCCAUUCGCGAAAGUGCCUAAUAGCAACAAUAACAAUCAAGAGGCAAUCACUGUGCCACCAGUGCUAUUUAGUCCACCAACCGCAGAUGCUGAGAGUACAGUCGACAUUGUGGCCGUGAACGAUGUCAGCAAGGCAGAUCCCCGUUUUGAUCGUGAAAACGCAGCAACAACAGCUGACCAAUUUCAUAACAACAAACAUUCCUCAUCAAGUUUUAAUAAAAAUUUUGCAGCUCCAUUCGAACCAACGUCGACGGCUGGCAGCGCCGAUACAUCGGCUUCCACAGAUCAAGAUUUUGGUAGCUCAACGAAAACCACAUUUUCGAAAAGUAACGAAGGCAAAGUAAUUACCAACAACGUAUUUGGUACUUCCAGCGGCGUUACAAGCGCAUCUAAACAAGUUGGAUUUAGUGCAGGUACCACUUCCGGGCAAGCAGCUUUCCAAAAAGACUUCCAACAUAGUAGCAGCAGUUUCAUCGGAACUUCAAAUACCUUCAGUAAGGCUUCAACUCCGAGCGCGUUCUCAACCUUUAACGGCGCUCAACAAAGCACGAAUUUCAAUAGUUUUAAUAACAAAGGCAAUAAUAGACCAGUAAGCAAUGUAAAUACUGGAAAAUACACUGGAGGUUUUGGCGGAUCUCCAGGUGUUUUGGGUAGUGGAAAAUUAGGUUCCGCAGUGCGAUCAGAUGGAUCCAUACGCCCUGCGAACGUUGCAUUUACACAGGGAACGGCCAUUACACCUACAGCACCACCAAAGCUUCCAACGAAUCCUAACUUUGCAAAUCGCGUUGGAAUUUCAACUUCCACCGGUUUCGCGGUCGACACUGGAGUCGGUGCUAAUAAGUACCAAGGCACAUUCGGUGGACCACCCGGAGUGUUAAGCCCGUUUGACAAUGUCAAAGCAAAUAAAUAGAAAUAAGGACAGCUACGAACUCAUCGCAGCAUCAAAAAUUAUUUAUUUAUAACAUACUUUUGUUUUAACAAUAUGUCAGAGAGUAGUAUUUUAGAAUAUCUUUCGCAAUUCUGGUUACAUUGAAUAUCGAACAUGUUAAGACAAUGUUAAUCCCAUACUUUUCUAUAUGUGCUUAUGUAUGUAUGAUCAUGAGUGUAACAUUUUAUGUAAUUGCAAAUAAAAAUUAAAAAAUUGCUUAUAA